AUGGGCGAGGUUUCUCUAGUGUUUUUCGAAGCCAACACAGAGGUUCGACAAGACUUGCUGUUUCGGUUGUUUCCAGGGCUGCUGACGGAAGGCGUAGACAUGCAGGCCUUCCAAAGCCUGGAGGCCCCAGACCUUCAACUGCAGUCUUCCGGACCAGCGCUGACAUCGGCUUGGGAGCCGAAAACACCACCCCAGUCUGGGACGCCGAAAGGCCAGCAAGGCAAGGAGGUUUACGGGGACUUGAGCGAUGUCCCCGCACAACGGCUCAAGGAGGUGAAGGGCAUCAUCAAAAGCAUUCGAGAUUUGUGGCGCUCGGGCCGUGUGGGGAGCGUAAGCCACCUGCGAGAAUGGAUCGACACUCUGCAGCGGCUUUCGGGGCUUUCACGCCAGGUCUGCCUGCAGCUCUGCGUGGCCAUGUCUCGUUGCCUUGCGGCCGAGCGCAAGGAUGAGAAGCCUUCUCGUGUGGACUUGCAGCUGGCCUUUGUUCGCAUGGGCGGGUCGCGGCAUGCUUGCCACAUGAUGAUGCUCAGGCUAGACGACGCAAACAUCGUCACACACGUGGUGCGCCUGCUGGCGGCCAGCGUAGAGAAUGCUCCGCUGGCAGCAGAGGCGCUUCAGAGGGACAACCUGGACAAUGUGAAGCUCAUCAUGCGAUCCAUGGAGCGCCACGUGGCCAGUGCUGAGGUUUCCGAGGCGGGAUGCCUGCUUAUUGGGCAUCUGUGCUCCGGAACGGCGGCGAAGUCCGGAGACCUGAGGCCGGUGCGGGUCAAGGCCCACCGGGACUGCCAGAACUCGCUUUGCCGGGAAGGUGCGAUGGAAACGAUUGUGGACAUCUUGACUCUGCACAUGAAGGAGGUUCGAAGCUGUGCAAACAAGGCGCACAUGAUGAUGCAGGAGAAGGUGAAGGAAGCCGAAAUCAAGCGCCAGAGACAGGAGGAGGUGGAACUCGGGCUGGUGCGAGAGCGCGCGCCUGUGAACACAUUCUCCUCCGCCAAGUUGGGCCUCAAGGACCGAAUCAUGAAGGUGCAGGCCAACCUUGAGCUACGAGCUGCUUGGCAGAAGCUCGUCGACAAGGAGGUGAUGGGCGGGCGCGUGAUGAACGCAGCGUUGCAGGCGCUGCUUCUGCUCGUCGUCGGCAACUCCGGGGCAUUGCGACAGCUUUCCGGGAACUUCUUCGCCUACCACAUGAACAAGCUGCUGGAUCUGGGCGAAGAAUUCUUGGAUGCGGCCAAGGAGGCAAAGGAGGAGAAGGACAUGAGGCGAGGCAAGAGAAAGCCCAGCACUGAAGCGGAAUCGGAAUCUGAGUUUGAAGAUGGAAAAAACAAGCCGCCACCCAGGAUGCGGAACAAGAUGGGGAAGGUGGAAGUCCCAACCGGGCCGGAACGUCAAGCCAUGGGCUCGCUGGAGUCCCUGUCCCUGAAGUGCCAGGUGCUCGUGGAUGCACUCCGAGGGCAUGCCGCAAAGGAUCGUCCUGCCAUCGUGGUCAAGACCUGUCGGCUGUUCUUGCUCAUCUUCGAGCAUCACAAGGCCCUCGUGCAGAAGGCAAACGAUCAAGGCAGGAAUAGAUGCCGCCACGUGGAGUUGAAGCUGCGAAACACCGUCGUCGCUGAAGAUCGGCAGUUUGACGAGAUCUUCAAGCACAUGGCCAGCAUGAAGACGGCCCUCAUCAGCGCCUUGCGAACGCACAGUGAGAACUCCCCUGUCAUCAGUGCGGUGUUCUCGGUACUGGCGAGACUGCGAGAGCUGGCGCUGCUCUCUGCGCCGGCCGGCAUGCCAGUUGCUGGCUCCGAAGCGGAGAAGCACUGGCAGGCAGCGUUGGUGCAAGCAGGAGGGGAAGACACCGAGUGGAUCGUCCGCCAGGCUGCCACGCGACUCCGCCGGGCCUUGGAAGAGACGAAGAAGGGUGACCAUCGCAUCGAAACCCAGGGUCUGAAGCCCCAGGAGCUCCAGGGCAAUGGAGAGUGGCUCACGCCGCGGCUGCGCGAGGAGGUGCGGAACAUGAUCGAGGUGGCAGAGGGACUCGGCGCCGACGCCUUCAAGGCACGCUGGGCCGAGGCCGAGGAGCCAGAUCGCUGGAAUGCCAUCUACCGCAAGCAGCAGCAGUUGGCCGCGCAAGCCAAGUACAGGGAAGACAAGAUCAAGGCCAAAGAGCUGGGGAUUACGUAUGAAGAGUUCCACCGCCGGGAGCUGGCGGAGAUUGCGGAAAGAGAAGCGGCCGAAGAUGAGUCCAGCAGUAGCGGCAUCUCGGGCUUCACCGGAGACGCCGAGGAAGUCGGCGAGGUCGUCGUGGAGGAGGAGGAGCUGAACUUCGAGGAGGAGGAUGUCUUCGGCCAGCAGCAGUGGGUUCGUGCCAUUGGCUUUGGCCAGCAUGACGAGGAGGACUUCGACCGAGUUUGGCGGAAACCGUUCACGGACGCCUUCAUGCGGGCUUUGCCAGAACGGGCUCCGCCGGGCAGCGUCUGGGCCAUUGAGGCCGCGCAGCGCCGCCGCGAGAUCAUCGAGCAGGCGGAGAAGAGCGGAGAGCCCCUGGAGGACCCCGACAUGGACGAGCUGCUGCAGAUCGAAAUGUUGGAGUCCCUCCAGGGAAAGCUCAAGAUCCGAGCCUUGGUGCGGGCUCAGGAUCAGAUCCAGGCCAACAUCAUCGAGGGCAGGGAUGCGAAGGGCAACGAGCUCCUGGACCCCGCGGAGACCUCCAAGUCGAUCAUCCACGAAGUCUCCAAGGGCUUCAAGAAGCAGGGCUACAUGAUCCCCAAGUAUGGCUUCACGGUGCGACUGCAGAAGCGCGCGGCCGGCCACCCAGGCGGCAGCGCAGAAGUGAGUGCCGACCCCCACAGGCUGCCCUCAGAGGCGCUCUGUGAGCUGCAUGCCAUGUCAAAGGCUCCAUCCCAAAGGGACGCGGAGCAGAAUUCAGAGCUUGAGCGGAAAGGGCCCUGGCCUGUCAUGAAGCCGCUGACCUUCGAAGCGCUGUCGGCCGAGUUUGUCGGGACCUUCGUGGUUGCCUUCACCGUCGGCUGCACAACGUUGUCCGGCAUACAGCUGGACUGGGCAAGCGUUUCCAUUGCCGCUGUAUCCAUGGUAAUGAUGUACGCGUUUGGGCCAAUAUCUGGAGGCCAUCUGAACCCGUCGAUAUCCAUAUCAAUGUUUCUCAUCGGCAAGCUGCGCGGAGUCACCACGUGCGCCUACAUCCUGGCGCAGGUCUGUGCCGCCAUCCUGGCCCUGCUGGCCGUCCGGCAACUCUUCGAGGAGGUCCCGGCCAUCGUCCCCAAGGUCGGAAGCAGCUGGACACAGGCAUGCCUGGUGGAGUUGAUGUACACAGCCAUGCUAGACUUCGUCGUCCUCUGCGUGUAUUCCAGGCGGAACAACCCCGACCAGGAGCCGAACCAGUUUUACGGCCUUGCCUGCGGUUUCGCGCUGGUUGCUGGCAUCGGGGCGUCGCAGAUGUCUGGUGGAGUCUUCAACCCUGCCGUAGCACUGGGCAUCGGAGCCGUCAGCAAGGACGCGGGGCCACUGAUGUACCUCGGCUACCAGUUGCUUGCGAGCCUCGUGGCCGCAGUGCUCUUUCGGAUACUUCGACCUGAAGAGUACGUGGACCUAGCAACCUUUCAGAGCUACGAGCCCAGCGAUGCGAUAAAGUAUGCCAGCGAGUUCAUCGGAACCUUCCUCGUCGUGGUCACCUACGGGCUGAGCGGUGUUCGCACCACGCCCGAGACGUGCUCGUGGACCACGGCCACAGCGCUCAUGAGCCUUGUCUAUGCGGUCGGCGACCUGUCUGGAGGCCACUUCAACCCAGCCGUGACCACAGCAGUUGUGCUUUCGCGCACCCGCAGACUUUCCGUCACGCAGCUGCUGACCUACUGGGUGGUGCAGGUGGCGGCUGGUCUCUUGGCUGCCCUGGCCUGUGUGGGCCUCGAGCCAGGUAGGAGAUGGAGUGUGGAGCCCCAGGAGAAGUACACAGCCGGCGGUGCCUACAUCGUCGAGUUUACCUUCACCCUGCUGCUCUGCAUGACCUUCCUGUCGGUCUCCUGCGUGAAGGGCAUCACCAGCAGCUUUCAGAGGAACUUCUACUUCGGCCUCGCCAUCGGCUUGGCAGUCCUUGCUGGCAGCCUUUGCUCCGCCAGCAUCUCCGGUGGGUGCCUGAACCCGGCAGUUUCGGUGGGAGUUGGUGUGGCGGCCAUGAUGCAGAGCAGGUCUUAUGCAGGGUACUACAUACCCAACUAUGUGCUGGCACAGCUGCUCGGCGGGAUCGGUGCCACGGUCAUUUUCGCCACCACGCAUGCAAAAGUGUAUGCCUCGAAAGCUGCGGCAAGGAUACCCUUCAGCGUGGCGGCCUGA